GACAAAUAAUGUUAUGCCUUUCUCAAACAGAACAGGAUGGUUCUAAAAUCAAAUAGCUUUAAGUAUUUUCCAAUACUUUCUCUGCAGCAUCCAAUGAAAUAAGGUUUCCAAAAUUUAAAAAAUAUAUUUGACGUGUUUUGAUGAGAAAGGUUUAAACAGACAUCGUUUUUUGGCCCACCACGUAGAUUGUUGCGUUUCAUAUCUGCUCUAUAUACACUCAUCCAGCAUUCAACGUCUUCAUUCAAACAAUAUGGGGUAUUCAGUUAAAUAUAAGACAUGUUCCCCGGGUUUGCAUACCAUAGUUAAAUAGUUCGUGUAGUAGGUAGAGGUAUUUCCCAUCUUUCAUCCACCUUUCAAAUCCAUCCCAAUUUAUAUGAUGCGAAUGGCUUGUUCCUUUAAAACGAAAAAUGAUAAACUGAAAUAAAAGUUGACCUUUCUAUAGGUCAAAAUAAUAAAAAUGAAGAUUCAGAUGUACUUUAUAGUUUUGGUGAUAAUCAGUUGAGGACAGAACGGACUUUAAACAAAUGUGGAAAAUCUGAUGAUCUACUGAAUCUCCCCCCCCUGGAUCUAGUAGUAUGGAUGUACUUAUAUUUGGAGUCCUGGUGGCAACAACUUUGUGUAUGUGUGGUGCCACAGGAGUUGACCAAGAAGAUGGUUAUGCCAAUGAUGACAAAUUGCUAGAUUUGUUAGAAGAAAUAGAGCUAAGAAGGUUAAUGAGCAAAUUCAAAGGGAAGGUUGGAUUCAAAAAGAUACACCAGAACGACCAAGGUAGAGCUGACCAAGGAGCCGGAUCAGGUAAAUAUUAUGGACCAGUUGGAAAUCGAAGGCCUCCAAAGCUACCUAAAUUUGCAAUGCAAGAUGACCCAUUACAGGGAACAAACAAAUAUAGACCUAAGUCUCCCUCUUCAUAUCGACCAAUUGGGAAGCAGAAAACUGGCUCUCCAAAGGUUUCCCAAGCAGACAAAGCCCCAAACAUACCAUAUAGUCCAGAAUGCUCGGUGUACAAAAACAAGUACAAACUAAUGGAAGACAAGAACCCGUGUUUCUUCAGAGAGUGUAAGGGUAGCAAAUUUUCUGACCCAAUACGAUGCAGAGAUGGCCUUGGAGUUCCAGAUGAGGUUCUGAAUGAAGUUUUUCCUCCUAAAUACCCCUGUACUAAGCCAAUGAAGGAGUGUAAAGCGACAUUGAGUGAUAAGGGAGUUACUAACGUGAAUGUGGACGUGUGUGGUAUAGAUCUGAUUUGGGUCGUAGAUAUCUCGUGCUCAAUAUCGAAUGCUGACAAACUAAAGGUCAAAAACUUCAUCCUCGCAGCAACUAAGCAACUGCCAGUGCGUCCACCAUUCACUCAAGUUGGAGCGCUGGCAUUUUCAGAAAAGGCAUACCACAUAUUGUAUAUGAACUCUUACAAUAAUAAAAAUAAGGUACUGAAGGCGCUCUCAAUAAUGCCCUUGACCCCUGACAAGUGUGCAACGGCCACAUAUGAAGCAUUGUAUGAGACUAGGGUAACAUACCUCAGUAAAUCCAGAGGAAACAGACCAGAUAAACCAGACAUAGUGGUAGUAUUGACGGACGGGAAGACACACCCUCCAGAAAAGGCUCCAGAGACCAUUCUGAGGGCUAAGGAAUUGAAGGCUACUGGUGCUCAAGUAUUUGUCCUUUCACUGCCUAACAUAAAAACGCUCCCUGGCACAGAUGAAUGGAGGGCCAUUGCAUCAUCAGAGAAGAACAUUUAUACCUUGGAUUCAUUCGACGCAUUAAAAGGAAUGAUUAAAGAAAUUACUCGAAAAGCUUGCAGUGUAUUGUAAAAACUGGAGUAUCACAACUUCCUGAGUUACUUUACAAAAACAUUUUUAGCGAUUUUACUAAGCAUGCAUAUGCGUCACUUUUCAAAAACAUUUUUUUCGUGAUUUUACACGGAAUGCAUGUUAUGACUGGUUUCAUGUGCUUCAACGUGUUAACACUGAAACCCCGGUGUAGUCUAGCUUUAAUGUUAAACAAACUAUGAAUAUGUUGGAAUAUGUAUGCUUUAUGCCUUUAAUUGUACAUUAUAUGAUGUUAAAUACUAGGAAAAACCCUUUGGCCAUUAGUUUCCCU